CCCAUUCGUCGCCGACGAAGGAUCGGGAAGAGACACGUAUAGGACGCGGCGACAGGUCAAAAGCUAGUAACAGGCGUCGUGAAAGAAAAAGAUGAGUGCAAAAGACAACGCCUUUAGUUUCCUGCCCAUGGAUCUAAGCGGGAAGCUCAUCAUCAAGGCCAGACUGGGGGAGGACAUCCGGAUGGUGCCCAUCUUCAACGAGGACAUCACCUACGACGAGCUACUUCUCAUGCUACAGAGAGUCUUCAAGGGCCGCCUCAGCCCCACAGAUGAUGUCACCCUCAAGUACAAAGAUGAAGAUGGGGAUCUAGUGACGAUAGCAGAGAGCUCGGACCUGAAUCUGGCCAAGCAGUUGAGUCGCGUUCUCAAGAUCAACGUUUUCAUCCAUGGUCGCGAGCCGCUGCCGACACUCGACUCCCACGAGGUGCAGGAGGUGAGACGAGAGCUGUGUGUGAUACGAGACAAGGUGAACACCAUCCUGGACUCCCUGGACGGCAAGUCAGGGGGCACCACAAGAGGGGCCAGGGGUGGCUCUACCUUGUCUCAACCUCAGCCUUCUUCAUCCACCACGCAGCCUGAGCCCACCUCCACUAAGAUGAAAGAGUGCUCAACAACCCUGUCGGGCCCAGCAUCAUCCUCUACCACUGCUGCUGCCUCGAUUUUCGACCCCCUCAAGACUGCAGCCAUCACUUCUAGCACCACCUCAUCUGCAUCUUAUAUUUUCUCGUCAGCUGACCACGGCUCCCAAUUCCUCCCAGCCCAGGGGCAGACACCCACAUCACCACCUCAGACCCAGCAACAACCAACACAGCAGCCUUUCCCGGCUCAAGACCACCAGCUUUCCUCCAACACUCCAACCGCCUACGGAGGGACACAACAGCAGCAGGGGACGUCAUCGGCCCCACAUGACAGCACAGCUGCUGCCUACUAUGCCCAGGGAGCUCAGCCAACGCAGCAGAGCUCACAGCAACAGCCACAGUACACUAGCUACCAGCUGCAGACAGGCCAGGUUCCGGGGCAGGCUCAGGGUUACCCCAGUUCAUCCACUACUCAACAGCAGCAGGCUAGUAGUAUGGGGGUGUACACGUCGCAGGUUUCUGGCUCCAUGAACAUGCCUACCCCAAACCCUACUCCCCCACCGUCGCAAGCAUCCAUCGCCCCGGCAACUGGGGUAUCUUACCUGUAUCCCCCAGGGUCGACAAACCCCGGGGUACUUGGUGCACCAGCUACAGGUGGCUAUGCAGCAACUCAACAGCAAUUAUACAGCCAGCCGCAGGCGGCAGGAUACUCAACUGGGUUUGCAAAGAACUACACACAGCGGGCCUACCAAGCCUACCCGAGACAGUACUAGCCUCAUAUUAUCUGUACAUUAUAAUACAGGGAAAAUCUCUUGUUAGGUGAAUUUGUAAUGGUGUACACUCGCUGUGAUGUGUGCAAUUUGAUCUGUCGUUAGUUGGAUGUCUCGAAGCUUCCUACUAUGUGUAUACUGACCAUUCUUUGAUGUGUUCUGCAUAUAUUAUUUUGCAUGCGCUCGCGGCAAGAGUUUACUGCAACAACAAAGUGGUAUCAAUCACAAGGUGUUAUUAUUAACUUUGUGUUGGCCACAAUACAGCACAGGAAUUUAUUACAAGCGAAGGAGACACACCUGUUGAACAAUAUGCAAUGAUGAUAAAAAUUGAAAAUGAUACAAAACACACUACCACAAACACAACAUAUACACACACAAACACACAAUCAACUACAAAAAGGCUCAAGGAAAUCUCUGAGCAGGUCUUUCUCAGCCGCACUGAUCUGAACUGUCUGCUGGUGCCCACUGGAGACAUGGUGGGCUUUUAUUGGAGACUCGCCGGUGACGGUGUGUGAUUGGCGAAGACCCCAGGGGUUAUGGGGGGUGAGGGAAGUGAAGAACGGCGCAAGUUCCCGGACGGAAGUGAUUCUGUGAAGUCCUGGCAAAUUUACUCCCCCUUUAGAGUCAUCUCUUUCCAUCCCUUCAAC